AUGGUCGUCCAUUUCCAUGUGGUGCUAGAGCUGAAGAACUGGGCAGAAGCUCACCAGUACUGCAGAGAGGAGUUCACUGAACUGGCCACCAUAGACAACAUGGACGAGAUGGAGGAGAUCAAUAGAAUGAUCCAAGAUGUUCAGGCGGGGGAGAGGAUUUGGAUUGGGCUUAGGCAGGGAAGAUGGCAGUGGUCUCUGGCUGAUGAGGGAUCCAGUGGAGAGAAUGAGGCUGAGUUCUGGAACUGGGAUUAUCACGAGCCACAAGGCAGAGCAGAGACAAACUCCGCACAGCCCUAUGUGCUUGUUUCCCCUGGAAAGAACUGGACAGAAGCUCAGAGAUACUGCAGAGAGAAACACACAGACCUGGCCAGCGUGAGGAACCAGACAGAGAACGACAAGAUCCACUCAGACAUACUUAGCGGUCUAGUAGCAAAUUCCUAUCCCUGGAUUGGCCUGUUCAGAGAUGCCUGGGUGUGGUCAGAUAGCAGCAGCUCCUCCUUUCGCUACUGGGCCCGUGGAGAACCCAACUUUGGUGACUCUCAAAAUCAAUACUGCGCACGGAUUAAGACCAGUGGGCUGUGGAAUGAUGAAGACUGCGACAGUGACGCUAACUUCAUCUGUUAUGAAGACAAGCUGGUUCUGGUUCGUGAGAACAAGACCUGGAUGGAGGCUAUGCAGUACUGCAGACAGCACCAUGUGGACCUGGUGUCUGUGACCUCUGAGAAGAUCCAGCGCUGGGUGGAGGGGUGGGCCAAAGGAGCCUCAUCUCCCCACGUGUGGCUGGGCCUGCGCUACCACCGCAGCUUUGGCUUCUGGUUCUGGGUCAGUGGAUACUCUGUCUGCUACGACAACUUCGCCUCAGAUGUAGACCGGAUGCCGGGCUGGGACAUCGCUGUGGCAGCAGUCAGAAAAGACGGGGGCCAGUGGGUUAGCUUUCAAGAGACCAAGCAACUCAACUUCAUCUGCACCGAUGAUGAGGAGUUUCUAUAG